AUGGACGUUUCCGCGGUCCCGCGACCACACUCGUGAGUUUUUUUGAUCUACCUACAGUAUCCCUGUCUACAGUACCUACAGUAUCCCCUUUUGAUUUUCCAGGGGUUUGAUCUACCUACAGUAACCCUCUUUGAUCUACCAUAUCUACCUACAGUAAUCUACUUUGAUCUACCAGAUCUAUCUAGAGCACCCCCCCCCUUAUUUACAGUACCCCCCCUCUCCCCUGAUCUACCGUACUCUCAAAAUUACAGUACUCCUCGCCCCACCCAACAAUAUUAUGUGCCACGUCGGCUACUCGAGUGUGGUCGCGGCCCGCUUUCAAAAUCCGAUAAAAAUGAAGAAAAAGUGAGUUACUGUAGGGCUACAGUAGCCCGAACUGUAAAAGAUUUUGCAGUUUGGAUUACUGUAGAUCCUCAGAAAAUCUGGAAGAUGCACUUAAAUUUUGCAGUUUGAGAUACUGUAGUAUGAUUGUUAAUUGUAAAAUUGUUUUUACAGUAAUCCAAACUGCAAGAUUUUUUGGAUUACUGUAGCUCAAAUUCUAGGUCAAAACUACAGUAAUCCUAGCGUACUGCAACAUUUAUUUGGAUAACUGUAGGUAUCCGAAAAUAUGUGAAUUUUGCAGUUCGGAGUACUGUAGUCUAUUUUUUUGUAGUUUUUAGAACUAUUUUUUGUAGAUACAGUAACCCGAACUGCAAAAAAAGUAAUUCAAACUGCAAGAUUUCACAAAACUACAGUAAUCCCGGGAUUACUAGAGUACUGUAAUCAAACUUACAAAGAAUCUUGCAGAUUACAGUAACCCGAACUGCAAAAAAAACCACAAAAAUUGUAAUUGUAGUUCGGAUUACUGUAGACCACUAAAACCUUGGAGUACUGUAAUUCAAACUGCAAGAUUUUUUGGAUUACUGUAGCUCAAUUGAUCUUUGAACAUGUUUAGCUAAAACUACAGUAAUUCGAACUGCAAAUAUUCUCGGAGUACUGUAGUCAACCCCAAUUUUUUUGCAGGUUCCCAAAUCCCCGCCCUCAAAAUCAGCGCCACGUUCGCCGAAACCCCAAAACCCCACACCAAAAUCGAAGCCCCGCCCACUAAUGGAACAAAUUCUCGCGCCACCCGCCACUCUUUUCCCGCCACAACAAAAAGAGAAAAAGGUGAAAUUUGCGGCGCCAACACCGCAAAUUUCAAAAAAAUCCAAAUCCACGUCAUCAUUCUCGUCCUCUGCGUCUCCCACCUCAUCGCGAUCCUCGUCGUCUAUGUCCUCGCCGCCAACACCAUUCACCAUAGUUGCACCCAGCCCAAUUGGUGUCACCAAAUCAACGCCACGUGUUCUGCGGCCUCAAAAAUACGCGCGAAAUCCAUUUGCACCCACGAUUUCCGCCGUUUCACACGCUUGCAAUUGUGACAGAUCAAAUACACACAUUUUUUGUCAAAGGUGGGUUCUGGGAGCGAAAAUUUGGAGCAUUUUGAGCCCCAAUAUGCCUGGGGCAAUUUCAAAUUUCUAAAAAAAAAGAAAAAAAAGUAGGUCGCGGCGGGGGUCGAACUCGGGUGUUGCAAAAGUCUCUAAUCCGCAGACACACGCGCUAACCACUCGGCCACGCGGCUGUUUUUUUUUCGUUGUCGAAAUUGUCAUAUUUAAAAGGCGCGCUCGAAAGAUAGAGAGGAUACUGUAGAUUUUCGUGGCGAGACAAGAUCUUGAUCUAGAUUAUAGAUUUAUUGUUAGAAGAUUGCGGUCACCUAGGGUUACUGUAGUUUUAGGUACCGUAUUCCAGACUGCAAAUUUGCAGUUCGAUUUGAAUAAUUAGACUUUCGAGCUACAGUAACCCGAACUGCAAAAUGAGCUGCUAGAGAAGCAGAGAAACAGGGCGGCUAGAGAGCUAGAUAGUUAGAGACACAGAGAAGCUAGAGUGUUAGAGACGCAGAGAAAUCAGACAGCUAGAUAGUUAGAGACGCAGAGAGGUCAGAGAGUUAGUGACAAAAACCCUGCCGCAAAAUUGCAAAAAGGGGCGGAGCCUAGGCUUGUUUAGUAUCAAAUUGAAGCAUUCAAAAAACCCUGCCGCAAAAUUGCAAAAAUGGGCGGAGCCUAGGCUUGUUUAGUAUCAAAUUGAAGCAAAUUUUGAGAAAAAGAUAGGAUUGCUCAUGUUAAACCAAAAAAAAGUGUUUUUUCUGCAGAUGUGGCUAUGAAUGCAUCGGUCGAGUUCAUCAAACUUGCGGCGUUCACCCACUAAUAAUCGCUCUCGACGAUCUUCGCCAAUGUCCAAAUUCCACGUGUAAAAGCACACAAAUCAUCGAGUUGUUAGGCGAAAUCGAAAAUUGUUGCGAAGAUUCGGAGUUGAUCGAAAAGCUCAGCGAACCGAUUCAUAAAAUCGAUCUUCUUUCGGAUGAUUGA